UUUUUUUCAAUGAACAUGACUUCUGGAGUCAAGGUUGUCAGGCCAUUCCCCUGUCCCGCCCAUCGGAGAUAUAAAUAGCACCCACAGCACAGAAAAGACAGUCAGAGAGCUGGGAGGAAGUAGGAGCAGAUCCCCAACCAUGAGCGCCAACCAACCGGGGGCCUGCCCAUGCCAGGGUGCUCUAGGCCGCCCGGUCAUUCUAUAUGCACUUCUGAGCCCCAGCCCCCAACCCCGUAGCCGCUGCCUGUGCAGGCAGCACCGGCCUGUCCGACUGUGUGCCCCUCAUCGCACCUGCCGGGAGGCCUUGGAUGUUCUGGCCAAGACAGUUGCCUUCCUCAGGAGCCUGCCAUCCUUCUGUCAACUGCCUCCCAGGGAUCAGCGGCAGCUGCUGCAGCAUUGCUGGGCCCCCCUCUUCCUGCUUGGGUUGGCCCAAGACAUAGUGACUUUUGAGGUAGCUGAAGCUCCAGUGCCCAGCAUACUCAAGAAGAUCCUGCUUGAGGAGCCCAGUAGCAGUGGGGGCAGUGGCCAGCUACCAGACAGACCCCAACCCUCACUGGUUGCGGUGCAGUGGCUUCAGUGUUGCCUGGAGUCCUUCUGGAGCCUAGAGCUGGGCCCCAAGGAAUAUGCCUACCUGAAAGAGACCAUCCUCUUCAACCCUGAUGUGCCAGGCCUCUAUGCGUCCUCCCACAUUGGGCACCUGCAGCAGGAGGCUCACCGGGCACUGUAUGAAGUCCUGGAACCCUGGUGCCUAGCAGGCCAAGGCCGCUUGUCCCAUGUCCUCCUCACAGCCUCCACCCUCAAAUCCAUUCCACCCAGCCUGCUUGAGGACCUCUUCUUUCGCCCUGUCAUUGGAGAUGUUGACAUCGCUGGCCUCCUCAAGGACAUGCUUUUGCUGAGGUGACCUGCUCUGGCCCAGGCAGAGAUCAGGCAUAAGUUGGGCAGAGGCUGGCAGUGCUAACUCAGCCUGGCUAUUCCCAACGGUGACCCAAUGCUCCUGGAGGGGGCAGGCCUGCACAAACAGCACUUGGCUCCUCAGGAGCAGCCUCUCACUCAGCCACACCCUGUCUCUGACUUCCUUGGUUUGGACACAGAGCCUCUUGGUGGUUCCCAGAGACUCUGGGACAAGACUCCUGUCCCCCCCUGUGAUGGGAAUUAAAGCUUAGGCUGUCUUUGGACCAGAAGUCCUACUGACUUUGUAUAGAACUGAAUUAAGUUAUUGAUUUUUGUAAUAAAAGGUGUGACACA